UUCACAUGAUUCACAUAUGUGAUACCUAUGUGAUGUCUUUCAUGUGUGUGUAUGAUGACCUUUAGCUUGCCAUGUAAACAAACUGAAAGUUGAUUGUUGAUUAAUUAAAAUAAUAUCCACGUAACUUCAGAACAGUGUGUUAUUAAAAAUUGAUCUUUGAGCCCCGGUACUUAAUCUUAGCAUUACCGUGUCCAUUUCUUCUUGUAGGAACACAAAAAUGUUCGACUUCUUAAUUUAUCUAUUUAUUAUUUAUGUAGUGGUUUAUUUAGUUGUAUUUUUGAUAUUUGAUUGUGACCUAGAAACAGGAUUUUAUGAUAAAUUUGGAAAGCCCAUAGGUCAUCUCAGAGGCAAAGUUGUGUUCAUUACUGGUGCUUCUAGUGGUAUUGGAGAACACACUGCUAUAGCAUUAGCCAAAAAUGGUGUUAAACUAGUUUUAACAGCUAGACGAAGAGAAGAACUCGAAAGGGUGAAAAGAGCUUGUAUAGAAGCUUCAAAAACCUUGCUCUCUCAGAACGAUGUCCUCGUUAUACCUAUGGAUGUUACCGAUUUCUCCUCACACAAGAAAAAUUGGGACUACGCAGUCAGACAUUUCGGUAAAGUGGAUAUUCUUUUUAACAAUGCCGGAAGGUCUCAGAGGGCCGUCUUUGAAACAAUUGAUAUGGGUGUAGAUCGACAAAUGUUUGAAUUGAAUACAUUUUCGGUUGUUAACCUAACUAGAGUAGCUGUCAACUAUUUCAAUACCGUUGGUGGAGGACACAUUGCUGUAGUUUCAAGCAUUGCUGGUAUUGUGGGUGUUCCUUAUUCCGCAACUUAUGAUGGAACCAAACAUGCAAUUCAUGGUUACAUGAAUGCUUUGAGAUCGGAGAAGACUGGUAGAGGCCUUUCGGUUUCGAUUAUUUGUCCGGGGCCUGUUUCUACGAACUUUUUGUCUGAAAGCUUCACUAAUACUAUUGGUCAGAAAUAUGGCAAAAGUGUUCAACCAACAGAUAGGAGGAUGACAGGUGAGAGAUGUGGACAUCUUUGUGCAAUGGUUUUAGCCAAUAAAAUAAGGGAAUCUUGGGUCGCCUUAUCACCCGUGAUACUCUUCACCUAUUUUGCAGUCUACUUUCCUGUUUCAUUCAAUUUCCUAAUUAAAACUAUUGGACCUGAACGAUUAUUCAAAUUAAGGGACUCUCAAGAACUUACCUUACAAGAGGCCUAUACUAAAUCGAGAAAGGAGUAAAGGUGAAGGGUACUUCAAAUUUAACUUUUGGUGGUUUUUCUCUUAUUUUGCUUCGAAUUUUCAAGCUCAAGUUUUUCUGUCUCCUUUGGUUAAUCUCAAUCUAUCAUACUUUCACCUUUUUUUAUAGCAUGUAUUUUUUCUUUUUUGCCAGACAUCUGUAGUAUUAUUUUCAAACUAAGUGGUGGAAGUUUCUAUUCAACUCAUUCUUAGUAUUUCAUCAUAAUCAUUACAGUGAGCAAUUAAGUACUGAAUAAGCAUUCAUUUUGAUUGUUUUUUCAUCUGAAUCCAAAUGCAACAUGAGUAUAAGCAUAAAGCAUUCCUUGUGUAUUCGGAUUUUAAUAUAAUAUCAAAAAAUAACUUCUUAUUCAGAAGAAUGAGGUUGAUUAAAUUUCAAUCCAUUUUUAACUACUAACCCAAGAACCAUCUCAGUAUAAUCAAAAUGUACUCAUUCACCUUGAUAUUUCUAGACGCGAGACAACCAAACAUUUGACAAAAUACAAACUGUGACAAGUAUGGUGACUUACUUGAAGAAACACGAACGAUAACUUCUUUUGCACUUAUGACCUAUCAUCUUACUAAGACAUUUUUUUGAAGAUUUUACUGUUAUCUGUUUAAUGUUUUAUAUUUAUAUACUCUAUGAAAUAUAUAAAUUUGAAAUUUUU